CGGCCGCUCCGUGCUCUCCAAAUAGUGAUCGCACGUUCAUCGUGGCUUUGCCAACGGUUUGAUGCAGAACGAUGCUCGGCCAAUUGAUGCGCGAAGAGACUCGAUCGAAAGUCUUAGAUGCCAUAUUUGGUCCUCUUUUUGCAAAUAGGAGCCCUUCUCAUCAUCAACAGGCGCCAGAGAAUGUCAGGCACUCUACCAGGCAUCGGCGGCUAUUGCAGUUGUAUCCAUCAUGCUUUACAGAAGGGUUUCGCUUCAGAAAUAUCCAAAAAGACCCAUUUCGGCCCAGGACAUCUACCGCGGACUGUCACCAAGGGCGUUUAUAGCCGCUGCUGGAUGGUCGUAUUUACCCGUGGUUGUGGACAUGGGGAUCUGUAGAUAGAUUACCUGCUGGGCUAUGUGUUAACCCUUCCGAUAGGUCAUCACCAAUACAGCUGCUAAAAUUUGGAGAAAAGGUUUCAGCCUUUAG